CAGAAAUUUAUAUUAUCAGAUGAUUUGUAUAUCUUUCUUAUUUUUAUUGUAUAGAUAUACUAUAAAAUAUGAUUUAUAUAUCAAGGCAAUAGUUUACACAUUAUGUCAAAUAACCUUCUUGAAGGUUUAAAAUCAAAAGACUCUACAACCAUUCAACAAACUUUAACCUUACUGGCAAACCAAACAAAACAUUUAAGAAUUGUGUCUGAACUGGAAACUGGUAAUGCAUUUGAAAAGAUAUGGAGAUUACUUGACACAAAUGAGGGAAGAUACAAUGCAGUCAUCUUAUCUAUAUUGGCAAACUGUUGUAACUUCAAUCAUUCAUGGCGAAAUCAGUUAAUGAUGCAAGAUGGUGCCAAACGAAUAGAAUCCAUCUUAGAGAAGUGUUCAGACAACAGUGUACUUAGCAGAACAGCACGUUUGAUGGCCAAUUUAGCCAAGGAUGAUAUAUUCCUCUCUUCUUUUCAAACCAAACAAACUCUUGAUGCUUUAAGUAAGUAUGCCUGCUCUGACAGUAUCAAAUGUCAAAAAUCCUUUCUGAGAGCCUUACGUAUAAUUGGGUCCAACUCUAAAUCCGCCAAAAUUCUAGCAGAGAGUAAUUUUUUCCCAAAAUUACUAAAGUUACUGGAAUCAGCUGAUAACGAAGUCUUCAUGUUGUGUCUACGAAUGAUUUGUGAAUUACUGAAAACACAAGCGGUUGAAAUGUGUUACCGGUUAAUUGAAAGCACCACACUAAACAAAAUAUUACAACUGCAUAACACAGGCAAUGAGCAAGUUAAAGAACUGUGCCUGCAGAUUUUGUUUUUAUUGAGUUUAAACAGUGGAUGUAGAGUUACUGUAGCUAUGGAAGGUGCUAUAGAGAUAUUCUUAUCCAAAAUAAAGUGCCUGAAACAUUCCGAGUCAUUUAAAUAUGCCACCCAGGGCUUGUGUUUAUGUGCAAGAGAGGCUGUCAGUCGCAACAAGAUGAAAUCCGAUGGUGUGCUGCCAGCUUUGGUGAAUAUACUUCAUGAAGAUGAGCUAGUUAGUUUUCACGAAUCAAUCGUAGCUGCUUUUGUUUGGUUCAUAUUUGACGAUUCUAGUCUUGGAUUGUUGAUACGAGCUGAUGUCAUUCCAGCACUUUUAAAGUAUUUGAACAGACUAACUUACGUGGAAUAUAAUCGAAGUGGAGGAAUUUUUGAAAAUGAGACUUCAAGUGUUGAUGAAAGAACAGAGCAAGUAGAUCAAGCAAAAGAAGUUGUAGCUUCUCCUUUGAAACAAACAUUGGACACCUCCAAUUACUUAGCUAACGAACAAUGGGUUUUAUCUUCACCCGAGACGUCUCCAUAUAAUGCCAACUCGCCACAAUACUCAAUUCCGUCAUUUUCACCGCAUAUGUCACCAGAUCAUUCAAUACCUUCUCCAAGUUAUGCUUCUGUGGAUUAUGAUACUUACUCUGAAUCGAGUUUUGAAUCUUCCAGUAAUGGGAGGUUUGUGCCAUACCAUUUUCAAAGUGCUGAUGGGAUACAUGCAAUGAUUCAUGGGACGCGUGGACCAAUUCAUGACAUUCUCCUGCUUUUGUCAAGAUUUUCUCAAGCGAAUGACCCAAGUUCUUUUUUCCUCUCUCUGCCGGAUUUCAAUUCGUUAAUCAAUUACUUGUUAUUAUCAUUCAAGCCCAAUCCAAAAUGUGCUAGAGUUUUAAAUCGCAUUACUUUAAAUUCGCAUUGUUUUGAUGUUAUGAUUCGAAAGAGACUGGUCCCAAGAUUAUAUUUGCGCCUAUGUUGUGGCUACUCAUUGGAGUAUUUAACCGAACAGUUUGAAAUGGCAAAAGUAAAUAAAUUUCAAGAAAAAGGUUUUAUUUGCAGUGCUGUGCAGCUUGCCAUAAACCCAACUUCCGAAUGCAAUACCGACAACAAAAGCUCUGAUAUUAAAAAAAUUGAUAUUAAAUUAACAAAUGAUGAAAUACCGGAUGAAAGUUCAUUGCAUGGCAGAAAUGAACGAGAUAUUUCUUUGUUGUGGAAAACACCAUCAACAACGACGUUCAGUUUAGGACAGUUACUGUUGUCAAAUAUCAGAUCACAUAGUGAAUCAUCUUAUGGGAAAGGUGUUUUGUCGCAUAUCUUACUGACAGGUUCGAGAGAGUUGAGAGAAACGUGCAUGUUUUCCUUGCCUUACAUUGUCUGGUCGAAACGUUUACAGAAACGCAUGUUUAAAGAUUUAAAAUCGAUGGAUCUUCUACUGGAGAUGUUGUCAAAUUGUCUUUUCAUGGAUAGUGAAUCUUUCGUAUUGACUGUUGAGGCGUUGUGUGCUUUGUCAAGGUUACUGCUAAUCGAUUCUAUAUCACCAACCUUUGAUGUCGAAUUUCCGGAAUUCGGCCCUCCACUUGCUAAACGACCAAAAGUGAACCCUGACAACCGCUAUGAAACGUCGCAGAACAGACGCGUUUGUUUUAAAUUACCAUCAGGAAAAAUACUAACUUGUUCGUCUUCGAAACUUUGUUUACAUUCCGCAGUAUUCGAAAGAAUGUUGUCACGUGAUUAUGUUGACGCCGACCAACCAUAUGUCUCCUUCCCAGAUGUCAAUGAAGACGCGUUUGUGAAAAUGAUCCAUUAUAUACAUGGUUGCAUAGUUCAAUUUAAUUCCGAUAUGUGUGAAGACUGUCAGAUGGAGAGUGUUAUCAGUCAGACGGAAAGCUUUUCCAACCAGAGGGAGAGUGAUGAGUUGAACUCGUUUUUAAAUGCAAACAAUUCAAUUUUGGAAACACCAGCAAAAUGUCAUCAAUCAGUAGUGUCUACGCCCACUGAAAAUUUGAAGCGGCGUUGGGCGUCAUCACCUACGCCACCUUUCCGCGAUCAAAACAUGGGUUGUGAUAAUUUAGGUAGAGAACUUUUAAUUUGCUGUGAGCGCUUCUUCGUAGAUAGUCUAAAAUACAGAUGCGAGAUAUAUCUAAUAAAUACAUUGUCGAAGGACACCGUGGUGGAGUGCGUGUUAUUGUCGUUUAUGAAUCGUGCGUCUGUACUAUUACGUCAUUCUUUAAUUUAUUUAUUGACUGAUGUAAAGUGUCCGUUAGUUCGAGUGACUUGUUUUGCAGAACUGUUGCACUCGCACGAGAGGGAUGCAUUUCUUUCGGAAGUAACCGUGAUGUUGGGGGAAGGUUACGAACGAAGCCAGUUGAUGGCAGCGUAAACGUUCCUUUAAUUAUUAGUAAGAUCUCUUGCCAGGUUAUGUUGUUUGCCAUAAAGGUUAAACCUUCGAAAUGAUGCCAAGUUUCUCCGCGUUUCGUGUGUUUUGUUCACUGAGUGGUUAGUAGAUUAUGACCCCCAUGUUCCCUGCGAUCAAGUUUCUAAAUUUAUUUUAUUGCUAACGCCUGUAUGUAUGCACCACAAACAUUUUUUACACACUUAACUAGUUCUAGAAAGUGAGAAGAAGCUAUUUGAUUUCGUUAUUGUUUUUAAGUUUUUCCACAUUUUAUUAUCUCCAUAAUUUUAUCAAGGUCUCUAAUUAUCCCCACAAAGUUCUGUUAGAUAUAAUUUUUUCUUAAAAUUUUAGUGUUUAUAAAAUGUAAUGUUAUAUUACUAUUUAUAUUUAUAUUUAUUUAUGUUGUUUUUUCCUGAACAAUUUCCCCAAACUACCAAAAACACGUGUUUCAUACCCACAAAGUGUAAGUUUAAGUAUUUUGGUUUUGUUUCGCGGUAUUUGCAUGACUGAUAUGUCGCUAUUCAGCAUUACGCUCGGAAAAUAUGAGAAUAUUUUAUAAUCUUCGUAGGAUCAGUCAAGUAGAAAAGUUUGUUGUGGAAACCUCACCUUGCAACUACAUAAGUGCAACUGAAAUUUCUCCAUUUAACACUCACAGGUUGUUUAACGUAUGCUUGGACUAAAAUCAUCUCACCUACUCAGCUCCGUCCUCGAAUUCUCCCACGGAGGUUUUUUGUGGUUAUUGCUGCAUUUUCAACAUGGUAGAUGCAUGUCCGACACAACCUCGUCCCCAGUGUCUUGUGGCGUCUGAACCGUUAUUACGGAGUGGCGGGUAUCAACUUCGUCAACAAGGUAAAAUGCCCCGGGAACGUGGUUGUGUCCGACAAACAGUUCUAACAAACUAUACACUUUACUGAUUUUGAACUUGCGUUUCACAUGCGGGUUGAAUUCUGCAGUUAGUGGAAGCACAACCUGGUCCCCCGGUCUAAUUAGGUUUUUCAUAUUUUGGCGGACAGUUAUACGAACAUGUUAGUACCGCCGUCCCUGUGUCAUAAAGAUACAAGAUACUAUGGGGUCGGAGUUGAGACGUGAACACGUUUUGAGGGUGCCGCAGGGGGGAAAAUAGUAUUUUGGCUAACAGGUUUCAAAAAUAAUGGUAUUUUGAAAUAAACAACAUACCCAUGA